CCACCUCAACACCUUUCUAGAAGAAGAGCAGAUAGUUGGUUUCCUUGUUCAUAUUGGAAAUCAUCAUUGACCAGAGUCUCAGGCUCUUUAUAAAUUUUUCCCUCACCAAGCAUUUGUACUAACAUUUUCCUUUGCAAUGACCAGUUCUCGCAGUGCACUUGCUCUGAUAUCUAUUUGUUUUGUUGUGUGUCUUUCUGGUUUGGGGGAUUGUAGCAGAGUUGUGCUGAAGAAGGAACAAGUAAUCGCCCAGAAGGGAAAUGUUGGAGAAAAAGAGCAAAGCGUCCAUCUUCUUCUGCCCACUGAGAAGGAGGAGUUCAUUGAAAUAACCAGAGAAACUCAGCCAUUGAAGCCCGAUCUGAGGGUCAAGGAUGGGAUUUUUUGGGGAGAAAGAAGCAAGCGUUUUAGGUUUGGUUGCCAUCAUGGAAAAUUCAAGCGGUGGGGACAUGGUAUGAAUGAGCAUAAGCGAUUUCCCUUUGAUUUCCAUCCCAGAGCAGAAGAAUUUUGGCAUCUAAGGCAAGAGAGGGGUUUUGACUGUAAUUUUCAUGGCCAUGGACAUGAGUAUUGGCAUCGACACGGGCAUGAAUACGAAGAACCAGGUAAAGAAGAGCGACAGGCGGAUGUGAAGGAAAAGUGGUUCAAAACGGAGUAGGAAGUAAUGCAUGGGAAUUCUAGUAGCAUUAUAAUAACACAAAGUCAUGGUAGGUAAUCCAUGGACAUAGAUUAGGUUUUAUUUCAGAGGUUUUCUGUUUCCAGUAAACAACUAGAACGUGCGUAUGGGCCCAUCUCGCACCGUAAUUUAAGCUCGAUCAAGUUUCUGUGUGUAUCCCACGUCACGCUGUUUAUGAAUAUAAUAUUAUAUGAAAUGAGUUUGUCCA